AUGUCUCAAAAUUACGCAGAUACCGAGGAAGAACUGCUCGAUUUCGAUAGGGUGAGUGCAAAAAUGAUUGGCUUUUUAUUGAAAGAGAAAACUUGGAAAUUCAGGCGAUGCUAGACUUCCGUGCAAUGUUCCCCAGAGUGAGCCCCGCUCAUAUAGAAGUAGUGCUUCGAAAAUACGACGGCGACGUGUCCGCCACGAUUAACGAGCUUCUUUUCGAUAACGUGCGUUCGUUUUCAGUCAAAAAACACACAUAUAUUUGCUCAGUGUCGCGAUUGAGCGGCGAGAAUUUAAAUUUUCAUCGCAAGUUAUUGCAGACGGCAAGCAGUGGGGAAUCGAGCUCGUUUAUGCCGGGAGAAGCCAUAUUGACGCGACUACGAAGACGUCGACACGAGAUAAACGAGAAGCUGAGGGAGAAUCAGAAGCUGUUGGACAGAGUGACUGACGUGGAAUCGGCCAGGUGGGCAAGAGUAAUGUGGAAAUGGAGAGAAACGAACGAGUUCAGAACUUAUGAAGACCAACAACUGGCGUUUCUUCUCGAACACCGCGAAGUCAGCGACCUUAUCAGGGAAGAGAAAACAAGUGAGUACCGGGUGAAAGGUUUCGAAAACACAUUUAUCAUUUUCAGAACGAUCGCACUCCGUACCACGCGCACCCCGCCGAAAGGUCGAAAUUCCGGCGGAAGUAAGGAAACGAACAGUUUUUCGAAGAAAAAUAGAAAUGAAUUUUAGAGGAAACAAUCACGGAGCGAAAAAGCGUCUUCAUUCACGAGAAGGCGGUCGAUGACAAUGGAGGAAAGGGUUCCGGACGGUCCGUACGUAGGUCCAGUCGGAGGGACGACCGACUUCUCAUCGAGAAUCAAGGAAACUUUCAAAAAAGGUUAGAUUACGGCGGUCGCGGCGAUCGCCAGUUAUUUAUCAAUCGUAAAAUUGAGAAGUUGGUCGAAAUCACAAGGUCUCUGACAUGCGCGCGCAAAAAAGAACGGAAAAUAGUUUUUUUUGUCGGACUGCGCAUACGUCUGCAUUGACGAAGUGUUGACAUACUUUCAAAAACAACCGUAACCUUUUUAGCAUCCGGCUCUCGUUUGUCACGGCUAUUUUCGACGCCGUAA